AUGACGCUUUUCUCAGUAUUCAUUAUCAUUCCUUUACUAAGUCUAAAUCAAGUAUUUGCUUCACCAGUUCUUCUAUGGAGCAAUGCAAAUCUUCCUCAAUCACCAGUACCUCUUUCGACUCUUACCUCACUUCAAGUUAUUUCAAAUUAUAUUUGUAAACUUGACAGUGAACAAAUUCAACUUCGUUUGUUUGCUGUUAAUGAUUUAACUAAUGAGGACAUUCAACGUGGUUCACAAAGCAAUCAUCCUAUUUUACUUGAUGCUCAAAAAGCACAAAGUCAAUUUCGUUUCAUUCCAAAUGUAGCUGCUGAUGAUGUCUAUAAAACAUUUUCAAUGAUUUCUCAAUCGAAUAAUAUGCAAUGUUCACAUAUUCAUUUUCAAGAUGCAUCAUCAUCAAUAACAACAUAUGAAACAGUACAUGAUGCAUUAAAUGCAAUACAAACAUCAAUCGAUAGUAUUGAAACAAAUUCAAAUACUGUGGUUGUCAUGGCAUUAAUUAACGGUCCAGUAACAACUGUUCGUCAAACUUUGACUCGUCGACGUCGAGAUAUUGAAGUUACCGAAGAAGAGAUUAUUAUAUCCGAUGAUAGAACCUGUAUGUUUUAUGCUGAUAAAUUAUAUUGGGCUGGCGAUAAUAAUAAAAAACCAUCAGAUGAAAACUAUACACUUGCUUUAGAUGAUAGUUCAUGUAAAACAGAUGUAAAUGCAUCUGCAACUAUUCUUGAAUUACAUUGGAGUAAUGGAACAAGUGAUACAAUUAAAAUGACUUUAUAUGCCAAUAUAACUGGUCGAUAUUGGUAUUUAGAAAAAGCAGUCAUUGGUGAUACUGAAUAUCGUUACUUUGCUUAUGGUAUGCAUAGUAAAAUGGAUACACCACCAAAAUAUUCAUAUGUAUGUACAACAGCAACAUUCAUUAAUUAUAAUGCAUCAACAAAAUAUGGCACAUAUGAUUUUCGUGAUAAAUUCUUUAUAACAAAUUUUCAAUUUCAACCAUUUUAUGGAAAUGGUUCAUAUUUUGGCCCACCAAAUUAUUGUACUUCAUUUUUUACAAGUGGAAUAUGGAUGGGUAUAACAUCAAGUUUACUUUGUUUAGGAAUAUUAUUAUUUGGCGUUACUCGUAUGAUGAAUAUUAAAUCAAAUAAUCGAUUAGAUGAUGCAAAAAGCAAACCAUUAAUAAUCAAAGCCCAAGAAUAA